GGGGGUCGCGGGGUAUUGGAGGCUGGGCUUGGCUGGCGCUGACUAGGCCUCGAGUUCUCGCCGGGCCUUCGCUAGCUGGGGAGGUGGGCGUCGGGGAGACGCCAGCGCUCGGGAAUGGAAGCCGAGGAGCCCGGCCCCAGACAUUAUACUGCCCUUCAACCAGCAUUUUAUCCUUUUCCAUUCCAUCAAAUGAUGACUGGAGUUCCAAACAUGGAGAUGAUGAAUGAAGAGGAAGCACUUCAGGGGCCUUUGGAAUCAGACUUUGUUCCAGAACCUGUUAAAGCAACUGUUAAAGGAAGAAAGAGAAAAAACAAAACUUCUGAACCCAAGAAACCUGCUGCUAAAGUUGCCAAAUCAAAAGCCAAACAAGAAAAAAUCACAGAUACUUUUAAAGUCAAAAGGAAAGUAGAUCGUUUUAAUGGCGUAUCUGAAGCUGAAUUGUUAACCAAAACUCUUCCUGAUAUACUGACCUUCAAUUUGGAUAUUGUAAUUAUUGGUAUAAAUCCAGGUUUAAUGGCAGCCUACAAAGGCCAUCAUUACCCAGGACCUGGAAACCACUUCUGGAAGUGUCUCUUUUUGUCUGGGUUAAGUGAAGAACAGUUGAAUCAUAUGGAUGACCACACUUUGCCACAUAAAUAUGGUAUUGGGUUUACAAACAUGGUGGAAAGGACAACACCAGGGAGCAAGGACCUUUCCAGCAAAGAGUUUCGGGAAGGAGGACGGAUUCUGGUGCAAAAAUUGCAGAAGUAUCAACCUAAAAUAGCAGUUUUUAAUGGAAAAUGCAUUUAUGACAUUUUCAGCAAAGAGGUUUUUGGAGUGAAGGUUAAAAAGUUGGAAUUUGGACUCCAGCCACAUAAGGUUCCAGACACAGAAACACUUUGCUAUGUUAUGCCCUCAUCCAGUGCAAGAUGUGCUCAGUUUCCUCGUGCACAAGAUAAAGUUCAUUAUUACAUCAAGCUGAAAGACCUAAGGGAUCAGCUGAAGGGUGUCGCGUCAAAUGCAGAGGUCCAGGAAGUGCAGUACACAUUUGACUUGCAGCUAGCACAAGAGGAUGCUAAGAAAAUGGCUGUCAAAGAAGAAAAAUAUGAUCCGGGUUAUGAAGCAGCUUACGGGGGUGCUUAUGGUGAGAAAACAGCCGAGGAUGGUGAACCAUGUAACUUCCCUUCAAAUGGAACAGCAACCAGUGCAGAGUACAGCAGUGGAUCUUCCUUUGGAGAUGUCCCCAAUGGACAGUGGAUGACACAGUCUUUCACAGAUCAGAUUCCAGAUUUCAGGAAUUCUAGACCACAAGAGGAAGAAGGAAGCAAUGCUUAAAGGCUGCCUUUUAAGCCAAGCGUAACUUCUGCAGGAGUUUUUUAAAAUGCAAAUGUCAAGAAUGGUACCUCAGUUCUUCAACUGAAGCAUUUUUAAAUAGCAUUUUACCUCUUAGUUCUCUCUUAUGAUAACCAUUUGUGUUUGUAGAUUUAGACCUAUGAAUCAGGUCACUUAAAGAAAAUGUUUUUUAAGA